CAAAAAUUUUGUUUUCCUCGUCCCCCCUUUCCGCUCUCGCUCAUUCGUGAAAGACUGAAGAUCUCCUUUCUGCAAUGUCAUCCGAGUCGAUUUCACCACUCGUUCACACCAUCACCGUUCAGGAUCAACCCGUUGAAAUCCUUACUGCACCCGGUAUCACCCCUUCCGAGUUCAAGAAUGCGAUUGAAUCAUCUUUGUUUCAGCAAUGGUUGAAAAACUUGCAGGGUCAAAAUGGCGCUCUCAAUGAUGGUAUUAUGUCUUUGAACAAAGUCCUUAUACAGGGAGUGGAUUAUUUUGGAAAGCGUAUUGGUUUUCUCAAGUUUAAAGCUGAAAUUAUUGAUAAGGAAACAGGAAAACAGGUUCCAGGUAUUGUCUUUGCACGAGGACCAGCUGUAGCCGUCCUUAUCCUUUUGGAGUGUGAGGAUGAGACUUAUGCCGUUCUCACUGAACAGGUUAGGGUUCCAGUUGGGCGUUUUGUUUUGGAAUUGCCGGCUGGGAUGUUGGAUGAUGAAGAGGGUGAUUUCAUCGGUACCGCAGUUCGUGAGGUUGAAGAGGAAACUGGUAUACACUUGAAUAAAGAGGAUACAAUUGAGCUAACAGCCUUUCUAGAACCAUCAACUGGGAGAAAAGUUUUUCCAUCAGCGGGAGGUUGCGAUGAGGAAAUAGCUGUCUUUUUGUAUCAAACACGGGUGAGUAAAGAGAUCAUACAGCAGCUUCAAGGUAAGAGAACCGGUCUGCAAGAGCACGGUGAGCUGAUUAAAGUGCAUGUAGUCCCAUAUAAACAACUUUGGCGCGCCACAGCUGAUAGCCAAGUUCUUAUGGCCAUUGCCCUCUAUGAAAUGGCCAAAAGAGAUGGACUGUUACCAAAAUCUUGAUUGUUUACCUAUGCAUCUAAAGAUUAGUAUCAAAAGCUUUUUAGUUGAGUAUUUUUAGGAGACAUGUGCAUAUUUGGUAUUGAAGCUACUGAAGAAAUUCAAAGGGAAUCCAUCCAUUUAAGUUAAAACUCAUCCAUUCCAUAUACAUGUUUGGGAUCAUUGCUACAUGGAUUCGUCUGAAGCUUAAUGGCGGGGUGUCACCCGAGAAUAUGGAUAUGGAGGAGAACUUUGGUAUUAACUUGCAGAAUGCUCAGCGUCUUCGUGCUAUUCCAAUACAUGCCUGAUUAUGAGCUUAUCAAAAUGUAAGAUAUUACUCAUUUGUCCUCUUUGAUUUGCAUCAAAGAGAAGGAUGAUAAUUUUUUUUUAAAGUAAUAAUAAAUGAAAAGAGAAUGAAUUGUGUGGAUGAAAUUAAAAGAAA